UUCAAGAAAGUCAACUAAUUCAACCGUUCAUCUAUGGACUUGACUAUUUGGCUGUGCUUUUGUUAUUUUUGCAACUGAUAAAUGGACGGCUUUUAUAUAGAAAGAACCAUAGACAAUUAAGAAGCAAGCGCCAUUUUUUACAUUUUUGAGAUAUACCCAUUACUGAAUGCAUGAAACACACUAAAUUCUUUUAAAAAAUUGACCCAAGUGAUAUCUAGGCUGUGCUGCUAUUUGUGAGCACUUGAACCAACAACCAUUUUGCAUAGAGGUUUUCUACUUUUAUUUAAACUGAACUAAGUGACAUUUGGCGGUUGGUUCUGUUUAAAGAAAAUUUAAUGUGUAUUUUCUUUCUUGAUUUAAAAAGAACCACGUGAUAUUAUGGUGAUUCUACAGUAAUAAUAUUGUGAAAUCAAACAGCUGUUGGAUUCAAUUUGUUUUUAAUUCAAUGUAGAUUUUGAAAUACUUGAGGGUACAAAAUUCUGUAAGUUAAUAUUAGAUUUGUUAUUGUGUUUUUUUUUAACAAGAUCAUGAUGUAUAUUGUCAAAAGGAUCAUACAAAUGAUGAUGAAGACUGGGAUGAUAGUGUUCAAGAUCCAGACUACAUUCCACAUUUAGAUUCAGGCAAUAAAGGUGAACAUAGAGAGACCAAAGACAUAGAGGAAGAGAAUGAAGAUAAUAGUAAUGUACCUGAAAAGUUAGAUGGACAAACGACUCAAAAUAAGAAAGGAGGUAGACCUAAAAAGAGGAGAAAAUGAAAGCAUGUAAGUCAAACAUGUCAGUCACGGAAAAAACUAAAAGACAGCAACAAACCUCAUUUCGUAGUUAAAGGUACUUACUGUAGUCCCAAGAAGUUCAAUGAUUUUAAUUGCAACUGCCCCAAACGAUGCAAAGACAAUGUUAAUAUUGAUUCCAGAAAAAAAUUAAUUUUGGAAUUUAGGAUCUUAUGAUUGCCAGACUGCUUUAAUUGCUGCACAUAUUCAAGAGGUAAAUGUUAAAAGAAAGAGGUCAUCAUCUAACAAACGACAAUACACUAGAAAAUACGAACUGGACAAAGUGAAUGUCUGCAGAGAAAUGUUUACUCAUACCUUGGGAGUAUCAACAAAACGAGUCAACACAUCACUGAACAAAAUUCGCUCCGAUUGUGUAACUGACAAGAGAGAAACUGAAAGAAAAGGUGUGCCUCGAAUUUCUCCAGUUGAAAUUCAAAAAAUUAAGGAUCACAUCAACAAGUUUCCUAGGUAUAAAUCACACUACUGUCGGCGAGUGAGUGGUGAUACAGAAUACCUAUCUACAGAACUUACAGAAUCAAAAAUGUAUGAAUUAUACAAAGAGGAAAAUGAAGGAAAUGGAGCAGUAAGUUUUAGUUGCUACAGAACGAUACUUCACAGAGAUUUUAAUAUCAAACGGAAAAAGCUGAAAAUAGAUACAUGCAAUGCAUGUGACAGAUUUCAUGCAGCAAUGCAAAACUGCAACAACAUUGAAAAGGAAACAAUUAUGAAUGAGUUAAAUGUGCAUCAGUCAGAAGCAAGAGAUACAAUGAAUCGUGAUCUUAAGACUGCAAAGGAAUGUGAAAAUGUGGAAACGUUAUGUUAUGACAUGGAGAAAGCAUUGCCUCUGCCUAGAAUCCCAACAAAUAUAAUUUAUUACAAGAGGCAAAUAUGGGUUUAUAAUACUGGGAUAGAAUCUGGGAAAGAAUUCAAAAGUUUAUUUUAUGUUUGGGUAGAAGGCAUUGCCGGAAGAGGUGCCCAAGAAGUGGGUUCCAGCUUGCGAUAGCAUAUGGUUACUCAUAUCGGAAGGAAUGUCACAGACAUCAUUUUGUGGUCUGACUCGUGUGGGGUCCAGGAUAGGAAUAUCAAAAUGGUACUAUUGAUGAACACAUUGUUUGGUGAUCUAAACUCACUGAAUUCUGUGACACUUAAGUAUUUAGUUUCAGGUCACACUUACCUCCCGAAUGAUUCUGAUUUUGGCGAUGUGGAAUCUGUCCUAAAACAACAGCGACUUUAUACUUUGGAAGACUACAUAAAGGUAAUGGAAGGAUGCCGUAAAAAGAGAAAAUUUGUUGUGACACAAAUGCAGAACGACGACUUUAAAGGGACCUGUGAAAUAGAGAAAGAGAUCACCAACAGGAAGAUUGACACAGAAGGAAAUAAAAUUAACUGGCUCACACUUCGUCAAAUUAAAUUGGAGGGAUGUAAACCACAAGUUCUUCAGAUGAAGACCAGCCAUUCUCAAGAAACUUUCAUUUAUGUUAACAUUAACAAAAACAAGCGACGAGGGAGACCCUCAGAUGGAUUUCAAUCAUCUAAAUUAAUUUCCCUGUGGCCCGAAGGAAAGCCUAUAAGUAAGGAAAAGAUUUAGGAUAUUAAAUCUAUUCGUCAUCUUAUACCUCAAGGAGUAUGGCAUUUUUAUCAGAAAAUUUCAGUCGAGUACAGAGGUUGAAGAUGACAUAGAUGGCUUUGGGAAUAAUGCAGACUUUACAAUGGAAGAUGAAUAAUAAAUUGCUUAUGUGUUUUAUGCUGAAAUGUGUAAGUAAUAGUUUCUCAUAACCAACUGACUUUUUAAAACAUUUUUGUGAUUUAUUUGUCAUCUCAUAUGGUAUAAGUUAUUCUUUCAGGGUAUCUGGCAUUUUUAACACAAAGCUUAUAUCUGACAGGUGAAGAACACUUGCCAGAUUGUUUUAAGACUGAUUAUGUAAAUUUGCAAUUGACAAUUACUGAACGAUGGGUAUUAAGGUAUUUAAAAUGGUGUAUUAUUUGUUUGUUUGACGUGACCAUGGCAUUCAUGUUCCAUUAUACUUGGUUCUUUUUAAAGAAACUCUACUUUAUUUUAUUCAAAGAGAACCUACAGCCAUUUUUACUGAUUAAACUAUGAUAGGAAGAGAAUUAACAAUGUUAUGCAUAAUAAUAAAGCAGCUUAUUAUACCUGUUAAAAUAUUUUACAGUGAUUUUUUUAUGUAGAUGUUUCAUUAUUUUUUUGACAUAUGGAUACUUUGAACAGUUUUUUCUCAGUUGUGACUGAAUGGCGCUUGGUUCCAUUUAUAUAAAAGCCGUCCAAAUAUGAUAUAAUUAAAUAGCAUUCGUAUUAUUUACCAACGUAAUUGAAUAAAGUUACUGAAUUAUUAAGUGUAACAUUUAUUUCGGACUUUCCAUUAAAAUCUAGGUGUUAUAGCGUGUUUUUUCUUUGUGGUUUUAGCCGGGUGGGGGAGAAUAAAAAUCAAUCGGGGUUUGAUAACUAUUGGAUUCAUAACAGUAGCGAGACGACGUCAAAAUGGCGGUGCUUAUGUCCACCAAGACUGCUACAUUCAUCUACACUAGAGCAGGAGUUAAUACUGCAGUCAUGCGGACUUUCCCCAAACAAGAAAAAUCUAAAAUGACUCCAAUGAGGAAAACUUUGCAGCUAAUUGGAAAUAUGGGUGCAACAUUUACAAACGCAUUUGUCACCACACCAGUAUGCUGUCCAAGUAGGUCAUCUAUAUUGACAGGAAUGUAUGCCCAUAACCAUGGUACCUUCAACAAUUCUGUUGAAGGUGGUUGCAGUAGUUUAAAUUGGCAAAAUACUCAUGAAAAAAGAAGUUAUGCAGUUCCAGUAAAAACUGCAGGCUACAAAACAUUUUAUGCAGGAAAAUAUUUGAAUCAGUAUGGCAGGGAGGCUGUAGGUGGCACGGCUCACGUACCUUUGGGCUGGGACUGGUGGAUUGGAUUAGUGGGAAAUUCUCGCUAUUACAAUUACACUCUUUCAUUAAAUGGAACGGCCAAAACGCUCACCAGUGAAUACUUGACCAACGUCAUUAAAAACUACAGUUUGGAAUUCCUGCGCUCCAUUCACAGUCCAGAUGUAAAUUUUCUUAUGGUGUUAGCACCACCAGCACCCCACGCUCCUUUCACACCAGAACCAAAAUACAGGAACCAUUUCAGCAGUGUAAAAGUGCCAAAAACACCCAAUUUCAACACUUCUGACAAUAAGGAUAAACACUGGCUUCUUCGAAUGUCUCCUGCUCCUCUACCAGACAGUAUGUCUUCACAUUUAGACAACAUUUACAGUAGUCGUUGGGAGACCUUACUGUCAGUAGACGAUAUGGUUGAAGCUGUAAUAGAACAACUUGAUACUGUUGGUCUAUUAAAUGAUACAUAUAUUAUAUUUACUUCAGACCAUGGAUUUCAUGUUGGCCAGUUUAGCUUACCAUGGGACAAACGCCAACCUUAUGAUUUUGAUAUACAAAUUCCUCUCAUGAUACGUGGCCCUGGAAUUAAAAGGAAGACGAUGAUAAACCAUCCAGUUUUAAAUAUUGAUCUUGCUCCAACUAUUUUAACAAUGGCUGGUCUGGAACCUCCAGCAUACAUGGAUGGCUCUUCAUUUCUUCCAUUAAUGCUCAAGAAAAUGAAAACAGAUAUAGAGAGAAGAGUUUUUCUUGUUGAAUACAAAGGAGAAGGGGAUGAUAGUACACUUGAUUCUUCAUGUCCACUUCCUCAUGAUAAUACCUUAUCAGAAUGUGUAGCUGAUGCCCUUUGUAAAUGUCAAGAUUCAAGGAACAACACGUAUUCCUGCUUGCGGUCUCUAUCAAAUGCAUCAAGCCACCUGUUCUGUGCAUUUGAAGAUGAUGAGAACUUUCUAGAAUCAUAUGAUUUGCUAUUAGACCCAUUUCAACUACAUAAUUUGGCUCCAGAUAUGGAUAACGGCACCAUCAACACUUACAUGUCAACUAUUCAAAAUCUUAAAAACUGUACAGGAAAUGUUUGCAACAGAUACAAUACUUAAAUAAGUUUUCAGUUGUAAAAAUUACAGCUCUAACUAAAACAUUGGUGGGUAUUUAGAAUUAAGUAUUUUUAUUGUGUGUAAUUUUUUAAGAAGCAUUGUACUUUUCCAUACAAACAUAAUUAUGAUCAGCGUAAAUUGUGUUUUAUGAUAAAAUACUUGUAUACGCCGGUUAGUUUUUAAUAAUAACUAAACCUUUUAUGUGAUAAGUUUUAAUCCAUAAUAAUUAACAACUUUUGUCUAUUGCUGUAUAAUUAACGUUGUAAUUAAAUUAGUGAAUGACAUUAACAUGAUUUAUUCAAGCAUUUUUGGAAAAAAAAAAAAAAAACUAUAGCAUUUUCCAAAAUCUCCUGUGUUUACAUUUAACAUGUACAGUAGAACACGUGCAACUUUUCUGUCGUGGAUAGUUAGAAAAUUUUGGCCGGUUCCUUGAUUUUCCUUUAUAAUCAUGAAAAAUCUGUAUAUUUCAAAUUUUAUUUCAUUAAUUCGAAGGAAAUAACUAUAACUUCUAAUAAGACAUACUGAGUGUAUUUUAUUUUCUGUACAUAAUAAAAUUUUACAAAUUAUAGUUUUGAGCUUGUUUCAUGAUGCAGGCCAUAAACAUGUUCAAGGCCAUCAUCUCUUUGUCUACUCUACCCUUCAAAUAGCCCGGUAGCAAGCAGGGAAUGUCCAGUUACCGACCAUUUGAAUUCCCUUAUUGUUUAUUCUCUCUAAUUUUGGGCUAAACAUAACUUUUCCUGGAUGCAUGCCUCUUGAAAUAGUUCUCACCAUGUAAUUCUGGUAAGUUUCUCCGGUCAGGUUUUAUAUGCCUUCUCUACUGUACCUUAUAAGUUAAAUUCAGCUUUGUGUUUUUUUCUCUUGUGUUCUAACUUUGUGUGUUACAUUUCUUAGACAUUAUAGACGGGGUAUGCUAUGUCGCUAUUCAAACUUAUGUAUGCAACAUUAUUAGAGAAAAAUGCUGUCAUUGAAGAUGUGGAAAGGACUGAAAAAUAAAAUUUCAAUUUGUCAAGA